AUGUAUGUCCAUGUCUGUCAGUCUCUGUCAUUGUCGUCGUUGUCAUCUUCAACAAUUAAAAUUGGUGGAACCGUUGGAGCAGCAGCAGCAGCAGUAUUAGCAUCAGCAUCAGUAUCAACAAUAACAACAACAACAACAAUAACAACAACAACAACAACAACAACAACAACAGCAGCAACAACAACAACAACAACAACGGCAACAGCAACAAUAGCAUCGACAGUAACCAGAAAUGAUAAAUCAAGUACUAUUGAUGAUAAUGAUGAAAAAGGAUGUGAAUUGGAUGGAGGAAAUUUCGAAAUAUCAUCUGUUAGCAGUGCUAAUUUAUCGAAUUCGAUAAUGCCAAUAACUGUUUCAUCAUUAGCUACAACUACAGCAGUAACUACAGCAGUAGUAGCAACAACAACAACAACAACAACAACAACAACAGCAUCGACGUCAACGAUAGCAAUAGCAUUAACGGCAAAUAAUAAUAAUAAUAAUAAUAAUAAAAGUUGA